UGGCCAAAGUUCUUCGGGUGUAACACCAGACGACACUGCCCACUGCGACCGGCGUCCAGAUAAGCUAGCCCGUGAAUGGCCUAGUCAGUUGCGGGGCAUAUUCGGGACCCGCUGCCACCAGCCACCGGUGCCGUAGCACGGCUCGACACAUCCUACUGUUUCUGAAGAGAUCUUGUCUUCUUGGAGAGUCACGAACGAUGGUCACAAAUCUUUGGCCAUGGCUUUGCCUGGCCUGGACGUUCGCUGCUGCAGCGGCCACUACGACGAGGUUGAAGUACAUCAUGUACCUAACAGGGCAACAUAAUGUCGUACCAGAACAUAAUCUCGUGUCAAACAUCACUGAUGUAGCUCUUGCCUUUAUGCGUUCUGAUACCUUCAACACUCCAGAGCAAGAUGAAUGGCCGCUCUUCACCACCAUUGAAGACGUUCGGCCCAAGUUCGCUGAUGGAACAAUCAUCCAAGUCGCGAUUGGCGGAUGGGGAGACACGGAUGGCUUCUCGACAGCGGCCAGAACGGAAGAAAGCCAGAAGCUAUUUGCUAGCAACGUGAAAGCUAUGCUCGACGCGACUGGUGCUGACGGCAUCGACAUGGAUUGGGAAUACCCAGGUGGCAACGGCGAAGACUACAAGACACCCGGCCAUCUUAACUCCGAUAAAGCUUGGGAAAUAGAUGCUUACCCCAAGCUACUAGCAGCAAUCCGUUCCGCGAUAGGAACUGGAAAGACCAUCUCAGCAGCCGUUCCCGGUCUACCACGCGACAUGCUAGCCUUCACCCCUUCCACCAUCCCCGCCAUCAUGGAAUCAGUCGACUACCUGAAUAUCAUGACAUACGACAUGUUCAACCGCCGUGACAAUGUAACAAAGCAUCACACUGGAAUCCAGAACUCGCUCGAAGCCAUCAACGCGUAUCUCGACGCCGGUGUACCGCCUGAGAAGGCGAACUUAGGACUGGCGUUCUACAUCAAAUGGUACAAGACCGCUGCAAAUUCAACAUGCAGUGUCAGCCCCAUCGGCUGCGCGACAGAACUCAUGGAAGAUCCCAUCACAGGCGCUGACUUGGGUAAAGCUGGCGCAUUCUCAUGGCAUGACUCCGUUCCUGAAGAGCUCUCCGCGUCGUACGAGCGUGCAAUGGAAAAGGGCGUUUAUGACGAAGUUGGUGGUGGACAUUACUACUGGGACUCGAAGGAGAACCUAUUCUGGACCUGGGAUACGCCUGAAGCUAUCAAGCGCAAAAUGCAGGUUAUUAUGCGGGACAAGGCGCUUGGUGGUGUAUUUGCAUGGGGGUUGGGAGAAGAUGCACCAAAGUUCGAGCAUUUGAAGGCAAGCAAUGAGGCGAUGGCGGCGUUGGAUGGCAGCAAGGAAGGGCGUAGAGAGACGUCUGGUGAGAGGAGCGAGUUGUAGUGGUUUUCGAUGGAGAAUGCCCAGGGAACCAUCAGAUUGCGCUAGCUCAUGAUAAAUUUAGCUCCAACGGCCGGCAAUAGCGCGGGAAAUGUAAUAACCAGCCUUCGCCGCUGCCAUCCUGACUUCGGAGUGACGACACCUCAACACUCUACUAUACAAUGUGAACUUCCGUA